UAUCUUGUUUGUGUUGGCUUUUUUUUAUGUUUCCAAGUUUGAACUAGAGGCAGAGCGGAAUCUGGUCCUUUCGCGAGCUAUUGGCCAGGUGUUUCAUUCAGAGGUUGUUUUUUUUUUUUUUUUCCUUGCCUAAACGGACGUCCCUAACUUUCAUUUGUAGAAACGACGGCAACUCCAAACUAACAUGGCAGUCAGACUGUGCGAUGUGGCUUCUCUGCUUAGAAGUGGUUCGUGGGCGCCUGAGCCUUGGACUGGGCAGGUAAUUGCUGCCAUGGAAACACAGCUGUCCAACGGGCCGACGUGCAACAACACGAGCAACGGCCCCUCCACAAUCUCAAACAACUGCUCCUCGCCCGUAGAGUCGGGGAGCAUAGAGGACAGUAAAACUAACUUGAUAGUCAACUAUCUGCCUCAGAACAUGACCCAGGAGGAGCUCAAGAGCUUGUUCGGGAGCAUCGGGGAGAUCGAGUCCUGUAAACUAGUUCGAGACAAAAUAACAGGGCAGAGCCUAGGCUACGGAUUUGUGAAUUACGUGGACCCGAAGGACGCAGAGAAAGCUAUCAACACCCUAAACGGCUUGAGACUUCAGACCAAAACCAUCAAGGUUUCCUACGCGCGUCCAAGCUCCGCCUCCAUCAGAGAUGCAAAUUUGUACGUCAGCGGCUUGCCAAAAACCAUGACUCAGAAGGAACUGGAGCAGCUCUUCUCUCAGUAUGGACGCAUCAUUACCUCACGCAUCCUGGUGGACCAGGUGACCGGCCCGGCAGGCGUUUCCAGAGGAGUCGGCUUCAUCCGCUUCGACCGGCGAGUCGAGGCCGAGGAGGCCAUCAAGGGCCUGAACUGUCAGAAGCCGCCCGGCGCCACCGAACCCAUCACGGUGAAGUUCGCCAACAACCCGAGCCAGAAGACCAGCCAGGCGCUGCUGUCCCAGCUGUAUCAGUCUCCCAAUCGAAGGUACCCAGGACCCCUCGCACAGCAGGCACAGCGCUUCAGGUUGGACAAUCUGCUGAACAUGGCCUACGGAGUCAAAAGCCGGUUCUCCCCCAUGGCCAUCGACGGGGUGACCAGCCUGGCCGGCAUCAACAUCCCCGGACACGCCGGCACCGGCUGGUGCAUCUUCGUCUACAACCUGGCCCCGGACGCCGACGAGAGCAUCCUGUGGCAGAUGUUCGGGCCGUUCGGCGCCGUCACAAACGUCAAGGUCAUCCGCGACUUCAACACAAACAAGUGCAAAGGAUUCGGUUUUGUCACCAUGACUAAUUACGACGAGGCGGCCGUGGCCAUCGCCAGCUUGAACGGAUACCGCCUCGGGGACAGAGUUCUGCAAGUGUCGUUCAAGACCAACAAAACGCACAAAGCCUAA